AAAGCUCAAAUGCCGGCGCGUUUUUAGAUGUUAAGUGUUUUUGUGAUUAUCCGUGAGUUCGUGAGGCAUCCGGUAUUUUACGUUAAUUUAGUGGUUAAAUAAAUUAUAUUAAACGUAGAUGAGGCAAAUUACGUAACAUCUUAUCACAUCUCUACAUGCAAAGUUUAUUGACUCAAUUAUUUUAAGACAUUUCAUUCAAUUGAUCAACCCAAAGAACCAAUAUAGGAAAAUAAAGGCAAAAAAGGGGAAAAUGCGUUGGAAAGUAGAGGGGAAAUAAUGGGGGAACGCGCCAAAAUGUCUGCCUUUCUUCCUAUCCGGCGGAAAUAAUGUGGGUUUUCCCCUUUUGUCGCUGUCUUUCAAAUGUUGAUGAAUUGUCUAUUUUUCGCCUAAAUACACACCGAAUCGUCUACUUUUUGCCUAAAUAUACGCCGGAUUGCCUGAUUUUCGCCCAAAUACGCACCGGUUUCUCUAGUUUUGCUUGCACUUUGGAAACACCUUCGGCAUAACCCCAAACGUCUCCUGUGUUCGCACUUAUUCCAAUAACACUCCACACGAAAACUGCAAUCCACGUGAUAGAUAGUUCAAAGAAAUGUACGUUUCUUUAAACGUUUAAGGAGAUUUGUUGAAAAGAAAAGCGUAUUGUUGUAUAACAUGAUGAGUAGUUGGCAGAUGCUAGAGCAUCAAUCGUUAUGUAUUUUAAUUGUAAUUGCCAAAUCUUACUGUAAUUUGAAAAGAUCUACAAAAGAAAGAACAAUGGAUGUAUUAUCAGCAAGGCACGUGUACUUAAUUUCAAGUGCAUUUAAAAUCAAACAAGCAAAUUUGCUUGAACAGAUAUCGAUAUCUGUUUUGAUCAGAACUUAAUACGUUAAAAAUGUGAUACUUGUGGUACUAUCUCCUUGUCCUUUUAUGUAUUUUGGUAUUUUAAAUGAGUACUCCCUAGUGUCGUAGAGAACAUCUAUCUUGUACUUUGUAUAUUACUCGUAUUGCACUCUACUGCCAACGUUAUUUGUUUUCUGGUCUACCUGUAUAAGUGUUCAUCUAGGUUCCUGAUACAGAAUAGUGCUGCGUUUUGAGUGCAGAUGUUUGUGGAAGAGAGAAAAUAGGAUGUCCUGAAUUUCUAGAAUGGUAUGGACGAGAGUGGGGAGAGUCCGCUCUCCCUCUCAAAACGCUCCCAUAUGGCCACGCGUAUAUAGCCUCUGCCAGGGAAGUCCUACUCACUGUCUUCUCGUGGCGUAAGAUACUACCACUUCUGUGAAGAAAGUAAAAGGUUAUAGCGGGAUCGCCACUGGCUUCUAUUCUGAGCCAUAUCUGAUAACGUCUCUAGCCACUGUGUAGCACCAUCUCUCGGACCCCAACCAGGGAAUCGUGAAGGACCGACAGAAGCCAGCCCUCUGCAGCUUUCUUUCAUACAACGACCACCUCUCGGCUUUUUCCAGCUUGUCCUAGUGUCGGCAAAUAAUGCACUACGUGGAAUUCUCUGGGACGACAUUCGUAGAACAUGUCCAAGCCACCGAAGUCGAUGUUUCAAGAUGGUGACAUCAAUCGCAUUAUCGUCUCUGUGCCCGGACAAAUAUGAUGAACUAUCGAUGAUUAUGGAAAAUACUUGCUUCGAUUAACAAAUGGCGUGUGAACCGAUCGUCGGUCACCGGCUACCAUGGGACUGCAUCUCCUGACGUUACUCCACUUCUGUGUGGAUCAGACAUUCAGGUUGAAGGCUCCGGGUGUGGCCUCCUAAGAACACCACCUUCGGUUUGGGCACCCGGGCAGUAUCACGGCCCUCACACAUAUCAAAUGAGAUGUGUGGCGCAUAUAUAUUUGGUGCCUCCUCGUACCAUUAUCUGUGUUAAUAUAAAUAAGUAAAUAAAUAAGAUUUCCUCAGUGUUAUAAGAUCCUGGGAAAAUAUUGGGAAAACCCAAAAAACUUAAGAAUUUUUCCAAGACCUGGGGGCAUUUUGGCGUUUUUGUGCCAUUUCCCCAAAAUUGACAAAAUUUUCCUCAAAAUAGGGAGAUCGGGCUUAUGAUGUAUUUGCAGGCUCGUUCACAACAGAUCGAUAUUCGUUUGACUACUUCCUACGUUUCUGUUCUCCAUUCUUCUAGCUAUUUGGACUGAGUUUAUGAGAUUCAACCUUUCUUAUUAUAUACAGGUCUUUUUGCGGCUAGAUCCUGUAUACCUUAUUAAUACUGAAACCAGAGAUAAUGAAACUGGUCCUACUAUCUUUUUAACAGGCUGAUUUCCACUUCUAAUGGUUUUUAUAAAGUAUAGUUACCAAUAAGUCAUUACGUUGAAAACGUUUUGAUUACUUGUAAAUAUGUGGCAGUGUAAAUCCCAUCUUGUUCCAUUGUAGACCAAUGAAGCGUCCCCUUAAAGUUCAGCAGCCCGCUGAUAAUGAGGAAGACGACUCAGAAAGCUUUAAAAAAGUUAGGCGUGUAGUCUGCAAAGGUAAAGCACCAGUCGACGUUGAAUGUGUUGCUAAAGUCAAUUCAGCUUAUGUUUAUUAUGAAGGCGAUGAUAUUUACGAUGCCAUGCUAAAUCAGACUAAUGUUCAAAAUAAUAACAAUAAAUACUACGUUAUACAGCUUUUAAAAGAUGAAAGUAUAAACAAUUACUCAGUCUGGUUUCGUUGGGGUCGAGUUGGGAAAUCUGGCCAAAAUAAACUUGAAAAUUUUGGUAGUAAUUUACAAGCUGCUAAGAGUUGUUUUGAAAAAAAGUUUCUAGACAAAACACUAAAUCAGUGGGGAGAAAGAAGGAAUUUCAUAAAACACAAUGGAAAGUAUGAUAUGGUCGAAAUUGAUUAUGGUGUACAAGUUGGUCUUUAGUAUAUUUUUGUAUUCACUUCUAAGGAUGAAAACGCAACUGCAAAGAAAAAGGUUAAAGAAGUUAAAUCACGACUUCCUGUUGCCGUGCAGGUACUUAUGAAAUUAAUAUGUGACUUUAGUAACAUGGAACAAGUUAUGACUGAACUAAAAUAUGAUUCACGCCGAGCUCCUCUAGGAAAGCUUAGUAAAUCACAAAUUUGUGCAGGUUAUACAGCAUUGGAUAACAUAUCCCAAAUGAUUGGUGCUUUGUCAGCUUUAAGUCAAGCGUGUAAUACUGAAACAGAAACUAAGCCAAGGGGCAGAGUAAAACGUAUCGUCAAAACAAAUGUGGGUGAUAAACGUAAACUUGAAGAACAAUUACUGUUGGCCUGUAAUGAUUUCUAUACACGGAUACCUCACGAUUUUGGUAUGCGUAUACCACCGGUUAUUCGUACAAUGCCUGAAGUCAAAUCAAAAAUUGAACUACUAGAAGCCUUAUCCGAUAUUGAAUUUGCUGUAAAUAUUUUGAAGAAUAAUCAAUCAUCUACUGAAAAUAUUAUUGAUGUAAAUUAUAAACGACUGAAUUGUGACAUUAAACCUCUGCGAUCAACUGAUCCAAUGUAUUCGGUAAGAAUUACACAUACAUGUAUACCGAACUGUUUUAUGUAUCUAUUUUGCUUUCUCAAUUGUUUCAAUGAAUGAAUAAAUAAAUUCACCUCACUCCUUUGGUUGAUUUUAGUGUAAAAGAUAUCGGAAACUGAAAAGUAGUCUGACGUACUCUUUUGAUAUCUCGUUCCACAACUAGUAUUGAUUAAUCGCUCAGACAUAAUAGUGACCGAUAGUUUAUACAAAUCAAAGGUUAUUUCCAUCAAAAACUGACAUAAAAUGGACUGGGUCCUGUGUAGGAUGAUUUUAUGCUAAAUCAUCACAAGACGACUACCUUAGUCAACAGAUACCAGUUGAGUUAUAGGAAUGUCGUAGAAAACACUGAAGGUUUAGCGAUAACCUUUAUCACAAAUUUCACUGUCGUCACUUGUAUGCAUAUUUGAUUCUUUUAUUUAGUACGAGUGAAAUAUAGUGCAACUGAGCACCAUAAAUAGUAUACGCCACACUAAAAAAUAUUUGUAUAUGGGCUAAGAUAAAUUUUCAGCUCCAAAGCUGGAACAAGUGCAGUUUUCUUAGGGAACUACUCUCCGAGCAGUGGAACGUCAUUGAAUCCUGUCCUAUGGUAGACAACGAUCAGGAAUCCUUUCACAAGCCAUUCAUUUCUUUAGGAUCGUCGAACUCAUGUUUUGAAACCAGACUUUCUCAACUCCCUUAACUCGACCCUCUGUAUCCACCAAUCUUGUAAAAAAACAUCGAUAUAGUUGACUAGACUAUAGUAAUCAGUUCACUAGUGACGCACUUCAAGGUGUUCCCGAGGUUCUGGUAAAAAGUCGUGACUAACAGAGUUCAAACCUAUCGGGAUUGUGAAAUACUUAACAACAAUGACAUUGUGUGGUCGUUGCGCUACAUCACAAAUUGAUAGGAGUUGAAAAUAUGUAACAGUGGGUCCCGAUCCAGUAGUUUAAGAGAUUAGGUGUUCACUGCUGGGCCUGAAUGUCUUGGGUGUGUUCUCUAUUGGGUCUUUGUCGACGGUUUAUGGGGAUUCCCAUAAUGGAGCGAAACAACCGUCCUUUGGCUACCUGAUCUUCUAUAAUACUCCCUCUGAGAUCAGUCUGUGGGAAAUUCAAUCUGGAAAUAUUAGUUUUUGAUGUAUUUCGCACAGUUGCUCACAUGACUAUAGUUCUUAUGAUGAAUUAGCCUUGAAUAUUUUGGUAGAAUACAUCAGUGCAUCGCAAUCCCGAGAAUUCUUUUAAAAAAGUGAAACGGACAGUUGCUUAGUACUUAACUUGUUUGUCAGUAGUAGUUAUUUGACAAAUCACAACCCAUACUGUGAAAUUUUACAUCCUUGUUGUCAACUUCAACGUUACAAUAUUCUAACAUUUAUUUUAUCAAUUAAGAAAAUUUCGCGACUUAUUACCUCGGCUACCCAAGCUGAUGUAGGUUAACUAUGUUUCGUUGCAGCUGACAGACGUGCUUUAAGCAUUAAAUUGACUAUUCAGACUUUUGCUCAAGUAAGCUAUAGUGUAGCCAGUUCUUAACUUCAAUCAGUAGGUAAGUCGGUAGUCAGUGAAGUGUAAAUUAAAAAUUUAUUAAUUUAAUUCCUUGUACAUGCCAUUCCUAUUACUUUGACUGUUCAUCGUCUGUCUAAAUGUUAAAUAUUUUUGUUGUCGAAGUUGUUAACCGAUUACAUGCACGAAACACAUGGAGUUACACAUAAUUGGUAUACAUUGGAAAUAUUAGAUAUAUUCGAAUGUCAAAAAUCUGCAGAACAAGGAGAAUUCAAAGAUUACGGGAAUAGGAUGCUUCUUUGGCAUGGAAGUCGUUUAACUAAUUGGGUUGGCAUUUUAGGCAGAGGUUUACAAAUUGCUCCGCCUGAAGCUCCAUCUUCUGGUUAUAUGUUUGGAAAAGGUGUAUAUUUUGCUGAUUGUUCAUCGAAAUCAGCCAAUUAUGUUUAUCCAACACAAGCUAACAAUGUUGGACUCAUGAUUGUUUGUGAGUCCAACCAUGUUCUGAUUUGGGGACUUGUGGAGUGGAGUAGUGUCCAAGAAAUACUAAACAAUGAGAGCAGCUGGGUCGUACUAAGAGAAAUCAAAACAUCUUGAUAGAUAAGUUGUACUAAUACAUAGUUGUAUUUUUGUUCAGACUGUAUUAAACCUUAUAAGCCUUAUUAUUUUACUCGUUUAAAAUGACUAAUUACUGUGAAUGUUUCCUAUCCUUAUUCAAAAAUCCAUCUCAUUUUAUUUUACCAUUUAAAUGAUCAGCAAUCUUUAUCAUUUGUUCUUUUUUAUUGAAAUCAUCUAAGGUCUCAUUAGGUAAACAAAGAGAAUUAUAUCAAUCAUGUUCUAAUGCUCAUGAAAAUCUCGCUGAUUAUCAUAGUGUAAAAGGUGUUGGUAAAUGGCGAACAGAUUCUGCAACAUGGAAAACUUUGAAUGAUGGUGUUAUAGUACCAUGUGGAAAAUUAAUUCAAGCACCUGAAAUUGAAGCAAAUAAAUGUAUUUUACAAUUUAAUGAAUAUAUUGUCUAUUGUGUAAAUCAAAUACGUUUACGAUAUUUACUGAAGGUGAAAUUUAAUUUUGUUCAUUAAAAUAUCUUUGUCAGUAUUGUCCUAUUUGGUUAUUGUUAUUUUUCCCUAAUUUUUUCUCUUUUUACAUACAAAUUUUAUUGACUGUAACGAUCCGUUUUAGUAACUAUGAUGUUUUCGUUUUUUAUAUAUGAUAAGAUUACUGAAAUGUUUUUUUUUUAUUAUUUUGUAUAAUAAAAAUUAUAUACGUAUAAUCUUGAUCAAUGAUUAGAUCUAUUUUUUAUUAUGAGUUGGUUUUCUUUUGUUGUUUAGUCAUAACAGAAGGGUUUUUGUGGAUAUUAUAGUGAUUUCAAUGGUUGAGAUCAUGAGUCAAUUGAGGCUAGAUCACCACAAAAAACCUGGACGGCCGUUUCGUCCUAUUGUGGGACUCCCCAGCACUGUACAUCCACGAUCCGCUCCGCGAGAUUCGAACGCGGGGCCUACCAGUCUCGCGCGGGAGAGCUUAAUCCCUAGACCAUUGAGCCGGCAUCCAACCGUGUUAAUGACUGACUUCAACCAAUCCACGAAAUUGAGCGACUGUUUAGUCAUAAUUUAAUUUUUAAGCAAUUGGUAUAUCUUCCAACAACAUUCUUUAUAUAUCGUCUGUAAAAUCAGUAACUUUUUACAUUACCAAUAACACAAAGAUCAAUAAAAUAGACUAAAACUACUCAUUGCCUUCUCGUGGCGGGGGUGUUGUUUACGAAAAUGAGAGAACGAAAAGCGAAUGUCCGGCGCUUUAACUGGAUCCUAAACCAAUGGUGCACAUGGGCUCCAGUAUCCUGCGGGAACAAAUGGCGUAUGAACCAAUCGUUGGUAACCGGAUACCAUGGGAUUGCAUCUCUUUACGAUGCUCCACUGCCUUGUAGGUUAGACCUUUAGGUCAAAGGCUCGGGGAGUGGCCCCCUAAGAUAACCACCUGCUUCGUUUUGGGCACCCGGGCAGUAUCACAGCCCACACACAAAUGAUGAACUCUAUGUCUAUGGAAACUACUUUUCUCGCUUCCAAAAACCAUCAAUUGAUUCAAAUUAUUAUCAUUACUAUUAUUGUCAUUAUUAAUAUUAUUAUUGCUACUAUUAUUGUCAUUAUUAUUAUUACUAUUAUUAUUAUCCACAUUAUUCACCCUCUUUUAUACUUAUACAGCGGCUCGUCUUUGGUAGAAAUUCGACUGUAUCUAAACGUUCUUGAGUCACUGUCCGAAUGAAAAUUGUAUGUUACCACCGAAUAUGAGUACUGAAGCAGUUUAUCUGAAACCACAUGCGCCAUUCAAACUGGCUGCCUUCAACGUUCGCACACUUAUGCAGGUCGGACAACAGAUAGGGCUGGCUAUGUCUUUGGAAAGUCUUCAUAUCGAUGUCUGCUGUCUAUCUGAGACCCGUAUUCAAGACUCUGGUGAAGUACUAAAAAUUCGCUCUUCAUCUGUCGCGUCGAAAAGCUUGUUUUGCGUGUGUUUAUCCGGG